UGGUUACUUGUAAAAAUCAGAUACUCUUGCUUAGGUCUGUUUUUAUAGAUUUUAUGAAAUUAAAGAGGAUGUCUGCUUUUAGAAGGAAAUAAAUGUUGUGAAAAAAAAGGAAUAGAGGAAAAAUAAUUCUGUAGAGAUUGAAGCAUGUGGAUAAUAUUAUUUGGUGUUCAGCUGAGAGGUACAUGUAUUGUAGAAUAAGAACAACAUUGGAUAUGAACCAUGUGUUAAUUACAAAGCAGGCGCAGUCGGAAAUAUUUAAGUCUCUGGAUAAAUCAGUAACAUUUUCUUCAGGGAAUCUGAGACACAUUGUUUUAAGAAAGCUAUGCGCUAACCAAUGAUGAAGGGUUCCUUCAGCUAUAUGCAAGCAGUGUGAAAGAUUCUAGGAGGCCUGUUAGGAAAGAGAGCAAGUGAUACCACUUACUACUGUUUAUACAAGUAUAUAUACACAAAGUCUGAGGAAGUUGUUUUAAGCUGGAUAUAACAUACUUGAGCCAUCUGGUGGACGUUUGCGAUAAUACAAAUCUAAGAUAGGAUAAUAUAAACAAUUUGUGCAAUAAAUGUACAAAAAUCAUGUGUGUUUUUCACUGAUAACAGAAUAUGUAAAGAAAAAAUCUUGGAAUCUUGGAUUAAUUCUGGUAAUUUUCUUUCUUUCUGUUCAUGGAUUUUUGGUUUGUACAUUGAUGUGAGUACAUCAGCAAAUUUGAACUGUUAACUGGCGUUAGCAAAUUAAAUUAUCUGAAAAAAAAACCUCUAGUACAACUCUAACACAAGGAAGAGUGCGAGCGAAAUUGGAUGCAGAAAAUGGAACAGAAUUACUCAGAAUUACUAGUAGAGUAAUGUGAAUUCCAAUACAAAUGCAAGCAUCAAUAUGGUGUUUUGUGCUUAUGAGAAAAUAGGUCAUUUUGUGUCAUAAUAAUUGAGAAAAUUUCUCUACGCUGAAAGUUAGGAUAUUGCAUUGAAGCAGGAAAAAGAAUGGGAACCUUACAUGACAGUGAUGGAUUAAAAUGAAGAGCUUAGAAAUUUGGAAUAAUUUGAAAUUGAAUCUGUAUCUGUGAAUAUGAGGUUUAGGAAUAAAAUAUUCCACAUUUUAGGUGUGCUAGGUUUAGCUGCGAUAUGUGGAGUGUAAUUACAGAGGGGUAUAUCCGCACUAUCGUCCAGAUAUAUUUAUGGACGGUAUAGUUAAUGAAAAGAUAUUAGGAACCGAUGUUAGAGCUGCAAGAUUUGAACUCAAUCACAUGAUAGUAACUGAAUGGGGUCGUGUUUUUGUGGGUGCAGUUAAUAGAGUAUACGAGUUUGAUUCCAAUUUAGGUCUUCUUAGUGAAGUGGAAACCGGCCCAAUUAACGACAGUCAAAAAUGUCUUCCAGGGUUUAAUGAUGUAGAAUGCAGUUCAUCCAAAAACUUUACUGAUAAUUACAACAUGGUUUUGAUACAUUACAAAGGAAGCAAAGAAAAACUUUUAACAUGUGGUAGUGUCUAUCAAGGGGCAUGUGAAGCAAGAAAUCUAAAAAACAUUUCUCGUUCACACACGUAUUAUGACUCAGACGACGGUACGUUAUUAGACUAUGCAGUAGCAGCAAAUGACCCGAAAUCUUCAACAGUAGCAUUCGUUGCCCCUGGCCCGCCUGAUUUACAAACUGAAGUUCUUUAUGUUGCUACAACUUUUUCCGGAGGCAAAACUGAUGUCAUAACACAGCAACUUCGAGGUCUGGUUCCCGCUAUAAGUACAAGAAGUCUUGGCCGAAAUACAAGAUUCCAGCUUUUUGCAAAAACUGACAGUAUCCAAGCAAAACUCUCAGGAAUUUAUUUAAAAAAGAAUGUCAGGUCAAAUUAUUUAAUCAAAUAUAUCACUGGUUUUCAGUCAAGUAUAUAUAGUUAUUUUCUUACACAGCAGUAUGAAUCUCCUUUAGAAACCAAAAGUGAUUCUAAAAUUAUAUCAAAAGUGAUACAAAUCUGUCAAGAAGAUACAUAUUAUUACUCUUAUAUUGAUAUGCCAUUAGUCUGUAAAUCACAAACUACCGGAAGAGAGUACAACUAUGUACAAGCUGCAAGAGUGAUUAAAGCCUCUAAAAAUUUACAACUUAGUUUUGGAUUAAGAUCAGCCGAAGAUAUUUUAAUUGGAGUGUUUACGGAUAAUCAGGGAGGACCAGACUCGAACUCGGCUAUCUGUGUGUUCACAAUGCAAUUUAUUAGAAAGAAGUUGUUGGAAAAUGUUCAAAAAUGUUACAGUGGAGAUGAAGCUCUAAGUGGUGGAGGAUAUUUAACCAAAAAACAGUGCCAGAAUUUGGAACCUUUUUACCGUGACAAGGAUUAUUUAUGUAAUCGUGACCUGGAAUCUAUUGGAAACAUUGUUGGUACAAUACCAUCAGAAACCAAUGCCAUACUGGAGUAUAGUAAUACUUGGUUGACCUCUGUUGCUCUGACGAUGACCUCUGACCACACAGUGGCCAUUGUUGGAACCGGAGAUGGAUAUAUCAAGAAGAUUGUGCUGGAGACACAUGAGAGAGCUAGGGAAUAUGACCAGGUUGCCAUGGAUCUGGGUUCCCCUAUAAACCCUGAUAUAGUCAUCUAUGGCAACCAUAUCUUUGCUAUGAGUAAACAAAAGAUUGCGAAGCUGAUGUUAAGUAGUUGCGAGAGUCACAGUACAUGUAGCAGCUGUCUAGCAGACGGCGAUCCUUUCUGCGGCUGGUGCGUCCUAGAUAACAGGUGCACUCAACAGCAGCAUUGCAGGGUAUCAUCAAGUGAUCGUUGGUUAUACGGCCCACCAGGACAGACUUGUGUCGCUAUAACAGAUGUUUCACCAAGGACAGUAUCAGUGUCUGCCAGUGCUAUAUUAUAUCUGACCAUAUAUCAACUACCAGAUGGCAGCAACUAUACGUGUGUGUUUCCGGAGCUGAACAAAACGUCGCCGGCGCAGGUCUGGUCUUAUGGUGUCUACUGUGAAGCUCCUGACAUUACUGGCUCAGGAAUCAUUGUGGAUGGAAGUCAGGCUAUGACCAUCGCAUUGAACUCUAGCGAGACAGGGAAACUGUUCCUGGCACAAAACUUCACCUACUUUAACUGUAGCAGUUUUUCUAGUUGUAGUCAAUGUACAAACAACAGUUGGUCAUGUGACUGGUGUAUCUAUGAUAACAGAUGUGUACAUGAUUCGGUCAACUUUUGUCAACCUGGAGUCGUCCUUAGUAAAUCGUACUCAGGCAUUCCUCGUAGCUCUCAGAGGAUUUCAUCACGAUCUGGAAUGAAAGGGCCGUUACAUUGUCCCCGUAUUGACAGUGAGAGGACAGGUACUAUCUAUGUACCUGAAGGAAUAGAAAAAAAUGUUGUUAUACGUGGCAUUAACUUUCCCCAGCCAAGCAAUUUAAAGUACACAUGUCAUGUGCGUGUGGGCGGAAUUGAGUACAAGAGCAAUGGAAGCCUGGGAUAUGACGGCAGUCUAGUUUGUGAACUUAAAAACAUGAUGGUUCCCUCUUCAUAUACUGGUGGUAUUUUCAUGGCACCAAUCCAUGUGUACUGGGGCGGAACAUACAGAAUUGAGGAUGUCAAAAACUCCGAAGUAACGAUAUAUAGGUGUGAGGUAUUGGCGAAGGGAGAGUGUGGACUGUGUCACAACAUUAAUCAUACAUUACCUCAGUUACAGUGUAACUGGUGUGAUAAAAACUGCAAGUACCAGUCCUAUUGUCGCAGUCAACAACCUGAACCCUGCCCCAAACCUCAGAUACAGAUUGUGCAUCCAUUAUCCGGUCCCAUUGGGGGAGGGACAUAUGUAAACAUAUCUGGUAAAGAUCUUGGAUCAAAGUUUGAGGAGGUCCAGAAUGCUGUUAGUAUAGCUGGUAUCCGGUGUGCACCUUUGAGAGAUAGGUACCAACCCUCCCAGUGGAUUGUUUGCAGGCUGGGACCCAUCCCCACACCAAAACCAGGGGUUGUAACUGUGGCACUACCAAACAGGGAUGCUGUGAACUUUCACCAGAAAUUUAUAUACAAGGAUCCUAACAUUAUGAACAUUAAGCCUAGUAUAGGACCAGUGUCUGGUGGCUCAAUGAUUACAAUAUAUGGAGAAAAUCUGGAUACAGGACGUGAAAUCACUGCUUCUAUUGGCAAACAGGAAUGUGUUAUUCUAAGGAGCAUGGUGACAAACAAUAUAGCUUUCUGUGAGACAAACGCAGUCAUCACCUCGGACAAGAUACCACAACCUUUCCGUAUGUUCUUUGAUGGCUAUGAGGAGAAGAAUAUGAAUGUCAACUUUCAGUUUCUACCAGAUCCCACAGUUCUCAAUAUGAGGCCCCUACAUAGUUACCUAAGUGGUGGUCGGAGGAUAACUGUUGCAGGAACUAACUUACAUACCAUACAACAACCUCAGCUAUAUGCUGUGUAUACUGACACAAACAAUGAGGAGAGAUUCACAGAGAAAGAGGUUUGUACAGUACUCAGUCAGACAGAGAUGAUAUGUCCUAGUCCACAAAUUUCCAAGCAAUCAGUACAAGGAAAAUUUCAUCGUGUUAAGAGAAGCUCUUAUUUUGAAGCAGAGCUGGGAUUUAUCAUGGACAAUGUAGAAGCAGUGAAAAAUCUCUCCAAUGCCAUCAAUAAUAAAAUGAUGUACUACCCAGAUCCCCUUGUAAAUAAUUUCUCAGAACCUAGUUCCAUAAAGAAAUUCAAGGGAGAAGUUCUUAUUUUUGAGGGAAGAGGUCUUACCUUGGCAGCUUCUAAAGAAGACAUCAAAGUGUUUAUUGGUGAUAAGAUUUGUAAUGUGACAAACUUGUCAGAUACACAGAUAUUUUGUACCCCACCCACUAACCAACCAAAUGGUAGAGAUGAAAAUGGCAAUGAGGAUGCUUCUUAUCCUGUUGUCAAGGUAAAGAUUGGAAACCUUGAGUUCAAAGUAGGUCGGCUCGAGUAUGAACGGGUGGCCAUGUUGAAGUUUCCGACAGAGUACAUCAUGGGUAUUGCUGCCGGCGGUGGGUUCAUGUUACUGAUUAUUCUCCUAAUCCUCAUAAUCUGCAGACGACAAAGUCACAAGGCAGAGAGAAAUUACCGUAAGAUGCAACUUCUAUUGGACAACCUCGAAAGUAAUGUCAGGAAUGAAUGUAAACAAGCAUUUGCCGAGCUUCAAACAGACAUAGUUGACCUAACAACAGACCUGGAAGGUGGAGGUAUACCGUUCUGGGACUAUCAUACAUACACGUUCAAAGUACUGUUUCCCGGUCUGUCAGAUCAUGUGAUACUCCACCCACCAGUCAUUGAGCAAAAACAUAGCAGUGUUGGAUUUACUGAACAUGGACUUCAACAUUUUUAUCAUCUUCUAAGUCAUAAAUACUUCUUACUGACUUUAAUUAGAACACUGGAACAUCAGAAAACGUUCAGUAUCCGAGACAAGGUAAAUGUCGCAUCAUUGCUAAUGGUGAUAUAUCAAGAUAAUCUUGAAUAUGCAACUGAAAUAUUAAAGGCCUUAUUAAACGAGCUGGUGGAAAAGUCAGUAUUAGGGAAACAUCCCAAAUUGAUGUUAAGAAGAACUGAGUCAGUAGUGGAAAAGAUGUUGACUAACUGGAUGUCAUUAUGCAUGUACAAAUAUUUGAGGGAUCUGGCAGGUUCCAGUCUCUAUGUAUUAUACAGAGCAUUAAAGCUGCAUGUGGAAAAGGGACCGGUUGAUUGUAUGACGGGAGAUGCUAGAUACACAUUAUCCGAGGAUAAAUUGUUGAGGGAUAAGGUCGAAGCAAGACUGCUGACAUUGAACGUAUUUUAUGAAGGAGAGGUGACACAAUGUAAAGUGUUGAACUGUGAUACUGUUACACAAGCAAAGGAGAAAAUUAUAGACCAGCUGUAUAAAAACAUUCCAUUUUCUAACAGACCGUGGGCAUGUGACCUUGAUUUAGAAUGGAAAAAGGGCAGUAUCCCGGUCACUCUACAGGACGAUGACACUUCUACACAGAGGUGGGAAGGCUGGAAAAAGAUCAACACACUUCAGCAUUACAGAGUGUUUGAUGGGUCAGAAUGUGCCCUUGUUCGUAGAUAUCAGACUAUAAAGUCACCCAACGGGUCACUUGACACUUCUGUAGUGUCUGUUAAUUCUUCCAUGCCUAUAUUGAGGUCAGAAAGUGACACAGGGACAAAGUUUUUUCAUCUGGUGAAACAUGAUGAUAUUCAGACAAAAGAGGGCGGAGUUAAGAUGGUACCUGAGGUAUUUCUACCAAGAUUGCUAGCAACAAAGGGUACCCUUCAAAAGUACAUAGAUGAUUUAUUUCACACUAUUUUGUCUGUCAAUCCCAUGAUGCCCCCUGUGAUCAAAUACUUGUUUGAUUACCUCGAUGAAGCUGCAUUCAAGUAUGGAAUACAUGAUCCAGAUGUCCUUCAUACAUGGAAAUGUAACAGUUUACCAUUGAGAUUUUGGGUGAACAUUAUCAAGAAUCCAGACUUUGUAUUUGAUAUCCACAAGCCUCUGAUAGUAGAUUCAUGUUUAUCUGUUGUUGCCCAGACUUUCAUGGAUAGUUGUUCAACAUCAGAACAUAGGCUGGGCAAGGACUCACCUUCAAACAAAUUAUUAUUUGCCAAAGAUAUACCAAAUUAUAGAAAGAUGGUGGACAGAUAUUUCCGUGAGAUUCAUGAUAUGAAGCCCAUCAGUGAUCAGGACAUGAACAGUUAUCUGAACGCAGUGUCGAGGGUAUGCCAUGAUAAUUAUUUCAUAAAAGCAAUGUAUAGGAAGGCUUACCCUGGAAAGGUAUACAAGUCUAGUGCUUUGAAAGAACUCUAUACAUAUGUACACAAAUAUAGUACAGAGUUGAUGGAGAUACUGGAGCAAGACCCAGUCAGUGUACGCAUGCAGCUCUCGGCCAAAUUAGGAACUGUGAUAACAGCCAUGGAAGGUCCCUCACCUGGUAGACAAGCUUUUGUUUGACAUGGCUCACACAAAACCUAUAUGGAAAUCAACAAAAAAUGACAUACUUAUGUGUGUACAAUUUGUCAGAAACUGAAAAUUUUGAAAAUCAAGCAUUUGUUUGUAGCUGAUCACAAAAUUUAUGAACAGUUAAGCUUUUUUUGUGAUACAGCUGAUACAGACACCUGUAAAAUAAAGCAUUUGUGUGAUACAGAUUACAAUGCUUCUGCAAAAUUGUUUGUGUGAUUAUUUUUCCAUUAUGUGGAAGACUUUCGUGGAGAAAGCUAUGACAAUGUUUUCAUUACAGUUGAAAUCUGUCUUUUUUGGCAGACAUUUAUAUAAUGUACAUGAUCUGGUUCAACAGAUGCUCUCAUUAGUGUGAUAUAUCAAAAAUUGUACAUUUAUUUCUGGCAAAACAAGCAUCUUUGUGAUACUGACUCAUAUUACCAUGCAUAAUAACAUCUAUAUAUAGAAAUUUAUGUGUUAGAGGUUUGAAUUGUGUAUGUUUUUCUUCAACUACAUUCAUAUAUUCAGUAAACUAUAUAAAAAUGUACAUGUAUAUGUGAACAUUUUUUUAUAUUAUCAUUUUAGUCCCAGAAAAAAAACAAGCUUUUUAUAAUAUAGAUGCAGACAUGACUUUUCAAAUGCAGCAUCUAACAGAAAAUUCAUUAGUUUGUGAAUACAUCUGAUGCUCUUUAAAAGUAUAUACUUAUGAUUAUCAUUUAUGAUUAUCAUUUAUGAUUAUCAUUUAUCAUGUAAGAAUAACAAUGUAUCUUCACCGUAGUUCAAUAGCUGGUUAACUCCUAUUAAAUGUAGAAGGUUUUAACCCAUAACUGCAGUAAGGUGACAUCAUGUAAAAUGUAAUAUGGCUGUAACAACUAGUAGUAUUGAACAGUCAAAACUGAUUUCAAAGAAAAAAAAACUGUGGAAAAAAUAUUUUCAGAGAAAAAAAAAAUUAUGUUUUCAAGACUUAAAAAAAGUGAAUGGAAAAAAAUGUUUGGUAACUAGAGAGAGUUAGUCUUCUGGGCAAGUAUUUGUGUAAGGGACAUGUCUCUUUGAAGAAAAAGUAGAUUAAUGCACAAUUUUUGUCUUUAUUUUUAUAAAGAUCCUGUUACCCUAUGUGUAGAGAAAAGUGCAAUUAUUUUUUUAUUAGUUUUAGUUUAUGUAUGUAUUAUAGUAAAGUUUUUUUUUUUUAGUUUUCUUUUGGAGAAUUAUCUAUUCAACUUUUGAAAAAAAAGGUCUAUGAUGAAAAUAAAUGACAAUGUGGGAAGGUUAAACAAAUCUGAAUUUUUGCCUUUAUAAGUUGUUCAGAAAUAAGGUAAAAAUGUUACAAGAAAUAGAGAAAAAAGAAUUUUAAUUGAUGGGUGCACAUUGAAAACCAAUGUUAAUGUGUGUCAUAGUUUUACUGUUGAAAUAUUUCAUUUUUUUUUAACUUUCUGAAAUCUUUUUUGGGAAAUGACUUUUUCUGCCAGGAAAUAAGUUUAUUCUGCCCAGAAACCAGUCUAUGCUAUUUGUUUUAUAAUGAAUAAUUUCUAAAACAAAAUCCCAAUGUAAGUACACAUAUGUCAUUAUAUAUAUUUCCAUGUCUGGUCCGGUCUAUUGUAAUAGGAAUUCAGCAGGGUUAGAACAUAUAAUAUACAUGUACUAUCAGGAUUUUUUUCAUACCUCAUAAUUUAUAUUCUCUUGCAUGCAAAGGUAAGAUAAUUUAUAUUUAGUAUUUUGGGAUAGUUUCAUACUGGUAUAUUGUGCUGACAUAUUUGAAAUCAAAAGAUAUGAAAAAAAACACCAUGUAGUACUUUCUUCUAAUUAACUUCUGUGUUAUGUAAACCAUUGAUUUAUUUUUAUUUUAUUAUUCUCUUAAUUUAGUAAAAACAACAAUUAUAAUGCAACAAUGAUUCAACUUUCUCUAAACAGUUAGAUAAUACACCAGUUUACAACAGGACGGUAUUUUCCAUUGCAUUAUUUUGUUUAAUUGUCAGUGAAAUAUAGAGUAUAUUUCACUGGUUGACAAUAUAUUUUAUUAUCUCCCAUUGAUUAUAAUUAUAGUGCUGGAAAAAUUCAACAAACUAUUAGCAUAUUUGUUUUUGUGUUAGUAUAGUAAUGUUGAAUAGUGCUGCUUUGAUUUUAUAUAUUAUUUUAUUGAAGUAAGUUUAUUAUGUAUCAGUAUUAUUUAUAGAUUACUUCACAGACUAAAAUCCUUUAAGUUUUAUCUUGUGCAUUACUAGCCAUUAGUGUACACUUAUUUUUAAGAUUAUAAGAAAUGGCAUGAAAGGUUUUAGUAAAGUUUUUCGAAAAUGAAAAGUUUUAAAGCAACAUGCCAUAACAUUCAUGUUGAUUUUUAUAAAAAAAAUAAAAAAAUCUUUAUUAUAUUUUCAAUUGUGCAGGUAAAGUGUUUUAACUAUAAGUCCAAGGAUUUAACUGUUCAUAAAAACAGCCUGUAGUAUGUGAAGAUAUGCUGAGAAACCAUAACAGAUGUUUGUGAAGAAUAAGAAUUGCAUAAUGUAAUGUAACUUACUUGUGAAGAAUUUAAAGAUGUCCUUGUGAAGAAUUACAAAAUGUAACAUAACUUGUGAAGAAUUUAAAGAUGUCCUUGUGAAGAAUUUCAAAAUGUAACAUAACUUGUGAAGAUUUGAAAGAUAAAAAAUUAAGCGAAAUGCAAGUAUGUAAGAUUCAAGGUCAUUAUGUUUUAAAUGGAUAAACUACAUGUUUAAAUGUUGUGAUAUGACAAUAUUUCUAAGUUAUCUUAGUUGGGUUUGCCUCAAAGGCAUUUAUGUUAGAAAGAGAAAGACGUGGCACUUUUGAUGCUAGUCUGUUUUUUAAGGUAUUGAUAUAAACAUGUGUUCAUUUUUAAGAAACCAAAGUUUUUUGUAUUUAUUAUUGACUUUAUGUUUUAUUGACUUGAAAUAUGUUGACUGUUUUAAGUCCUUGCUGUAUUUUGAAAAAUUUUAAUUAAACUGUAAGCCUGCUAGUGGCCAUAUAUUCUACUUAUGUGACCAUUGAAGACCAAGGUCAGCCGGCACACCCGUUCAUUAUUGUAUAUAGUUACAGAUUGCCUGAUAUGUUUACUAUGUGACAUGAGAGGGUAACAAUCUGUAUUGUCACCAUGGUAACAUCAUUUCUUUAACCAUCAUGCACAUACUGCAGGCCAGGUUUUAGUUUAAGAUGUCUGUCUUGAAUAUCAAUUUCUUUGGAAAAUAAUAUAAACAGCACGACCCACUGUGGGUGGUAGAACAAAAUACAGUCAACUAUCGUUAUCUCGACAUCGCUUUUCUCGAUAUUUUGUUAUCUCGAUGAAAUUUUGAAAGUCCCGAUUUUCUUCCUUCUUUAUCUUUAUUGAAAAUAUUUGUUUAUCUCGAUAUUUUUAUUUCGAUAUUUUCAGUAUCUCGAUGUAAAAUUUCAGCCCCAACAGUUAUUUUCACACUAUUAUCCUUUGUCUAUCUCGACUAAUAAUUUUCUUUCGUCUGUUCCUUCAGACAUGUGAAAAACACAAACUAGACAACAAUUGCUCAAAAGCCCGUGUUUUAAUGAUGAUUAUGUUUGUAACAAGUAAAGCUGUUUUUAUAAAAAAAUAAUCUAUUUAGCACGAUUGACAUAUGUCUAAAAUGAGUGAAUUUUACGUCCUUUAUAAAUAUUCGAACACUGUAUCAAUUCAUUAUGACUUUAAAUGUAAAUGAAAUAGUAUAUAGAAUGAAGUAUAGAAACGCUAUCGUUGCAAUAUAAUUUGUUUCACAACAUCACCACCAAAUCCAUCAGCGGUCGAAUAAUCUCGAGAAAGACCCGAUAAAUAACCCGGGAGGAUGUACGGAUCAACCACCCUGAAAACAAUGUUUUCACUUUAUUGGUGUAUUACUGAGUAAACCUUACAGACACCCGAAUUCCGCUGGUAAACAUCCGCUUAUGUUACUUUGUUAAAUGUUGACUAGGCCUAUGAAAACAAGACAUGGGGAUAUCUGGUUUAUUUGACAUAAGGUAUGCAUAUGUCUUUUCUAAAAAUCAGUUUCUGCCUAAUUCAAACCCUAAUAUGUUUAUCUCAACAUUUCGUUAUCUCGAUAUUUUUGGACGGUCCCGGUGACUUCGAGAUAACGAGAGUCGACUGUAUUCACCCUUGACAAGAUAAUGUUAACCUUGGCUAACACAUUUCAUUCUAUCACCCACAAUGGGAUUUGAUUUAAAAUAUGAAAAUUACAGAAUCACUACUAAAUUUCAAGAUAGUAGCAAUAUUAGAGUGUAUAUAAAACAUUUUCAUCUCCUAUAUAACAUGGAAAGAAAAGUUAACAGACGUUUAUAUGAGUAAGACUGAAGUAUACAUAUAGUCAUUCUAAUUUAGUUAUUCAUAAUAAGUAACAAAUACCAGGAAAUUUUACUGCAGCAAAUGUAUGUUCUACAUACUGAUAUAAGGGAGAAGUGUUAUGGUACAUAGUUUGAUAGUUUUUGGUGGUAAAGGUUACACAGAAAAAAGAAGCAAUUGUUCUAUAAUGGUAAAGUGCAGGAUUUAAACAAAUGUACCAAUAAUGUUACCAGUCAUGAUGGUAUUAUAAGUAAAUAUUAUAUGGUAAAGCAACAACUUUGAAACCAAUACAUUACUUUGGUUAGCACAAGUUUUGAAAAAAAUUAACUGUAGUAAAAUGCAGAAUUAGAAUGUACUUAAUAUAGCAUUGAUUUUAGAAUUAUGCCGCAUUUUACUUAAAUAUUGGAUAUUUAUGAGAUUUUUAUGUUAAUUAACAUAUAAUAAUCUAUGCUGUGUAUUGUUUAAAAUAUGUAAAUAUAUGUGUAUAUAUAUAUAUGCAAUCUGAAAUUAAGAGUAUAUUGUUGAUUUGUUAUAUUAUAAUGUACAUGUACAUUUUUUUCACCUGGGUAAAUGUUUUUUUUAUUACAAAAUAGAAAUGUGCAAUAUGCAUAAGAGAUUAAUUCUGCAUAGGGAGAUUAUAAAAUAUUAUUUUAAAUAAAUUUAGCCUGUAACCUGCAGGACCUAGCCUUUGUCAACAGUAUAGAGCCAGCCCAGCCUGAUUUCUGUGCUGUUGGACGCGGCAAUGAUGGUAGUUUUUUGGUAUUUCGAUACCAAAAAUCCCACUUUGGAUAGACUGUGUCAAAUUCACUUCGAAUAAACUAUGUCAAAUUCUUUUUGAAUAGACUGUGUCAAAUUCACUUUGAAUAGACUGUGUCAAAUUCGAAGAUCAAAUCUUUUACACAAUUCGCCAGGUUAAGGGUUACCAUGUGGAUUCACGACUAGGCCAGUUAAAAGUAAUUAUUGGUGUCAUAAUCUUUGUUUUGAGAAAAUAGAAAUGACCGAACAAUCAUUUAUAAGUAGCAAUUAUGCUGAAUGUUAAAUUUAAAUUAAUGAUAUUUUUUGUUUUUCUUCAUUUUUUGCUGUAUUUGAAUUACAUCUGGUAUAUACAAGAACUGUUUACAUGGCUGCUAAUUUAAAAGGAAGAUAUUUUUGAAUUUAUUAAUUUUAUAUAAUCUUAAUCUGUACAGCAUUUUUAAAGCCUUAUUAGAACAUACAGAACAGAACAUUGCUUUUAUUUUUUUUAGGCACAGAUUACAAAAGCUCAAAUACCAACUAUUACAAAAAAAUUUGACUUCUAUGAAAAGAUUAAAUUGCAGGAAAGUAAUGUUAUUGGAGUACCUUUAUUACAUUUGAAGAAAUGAAAACAUUAUUGUUAAGGCUUUUUAAGGAUAUCAAACAAAAUCUUGAGUUUACAUAAACUUCUAAAAUCCUUUGAAGUCUUAAUCCAGUCAAAUGACUUUUAUAUACUUAUAUAUUGCUAUUUAUAAAUGAUAAUAAAGAAAUAAAUGAGAAUUAAACAGUAAGCUUCAAUAGGAAUCCAUUCUUUUGUACAUGGGAAAUCAUAUUGAAACUAUGUACAUUAUUAAUAAAUAGACUCAUUCUUGUCAUGUUUUUGUAUGAUGACAGUUGUUUUUUUAUAUGUUAUAGUAUAUAUUAUAUAUGUGUUGCGAGAAAAUGUUAAUCUGUUUGAAUGCUCAUAUAAUAUCAUCAAAAAUUGUUGCCUAUAGAAAGAAGACAUUGUAAUGAAAUAUGCACAUGGCGCAAGAUAAAUAUAAAUAAAAUAUUGAAUCAAAACUA